AUGGAGCCUUUGAGUUCUGAGAGGGGUAAAAUGGGAUUAGUAGAGGCCGUCAAAGAAAGGGUUCCAGCAGCAGAGCAUAAACAAUGUGCUAGGCACAUCUAUGCUAGCUUCAAGAAAAGAUCCAAAGGUAAACAAUAUAGGAAGUUAUUUUGGGCUGCUGCUGCUAGUACUACUCAACCUAAAUUUGAGGCAGAAACGAAUUCCAUAAAAACAAUUGACCGUUUGGCUUAUGAACACCUCAUGGAAAGGGACCCUAAAAGUUGGUGCAGGGCAUUCUUUGAAGUGGACAGGGCUUGUGAUGCUUGUGAGAAUGACAUGUCAGAAAUUUUCAACUCUGUUAUUGAUCUUGAUAGGAAGAGACCACUCCUCACCAUGUUGGAAGAGAUUCAGAUUUAUGCAAUGGAGAAGAUAUUUUGGGGAGUUAUACUUUCUAGGAUACAAAAAUAUAAGGUUAGGAUUGGAAAUGAUGGAUAUGCUGUGGACCUUAACAACAACACAUGUGGAUGUAGAUCUUGGCAAGUAUUAGGUAUCCUAUGUGUGCAUGCAGUGGCAACAAUUUCAUACCUCAACAAGAAUGCAGAGGAUUAUGUUGCACCAUGGUUCUAUACAACCAUGGUCUUGACUUGUUAUAACCAUACCAUUAAUCCACUUAAUGGUAGUUCCAUGUGGCUUGAAGUGUCUUACAUGAAGCCAUUGCCUCCCCAAAAAGAAGGUUACCAGGAAGGCCAACCCUUAAAAGGAAAAGGGGAUCAAUUUGAGAGGGAAAGCAAGGGGAAAACAAGGCAUACUAUCUCAAAAGCAAGUGCAAUUAUGAGAUGCACCAUUUGUAGAGAAAAGGGCCACAAUAGAUCAACAUGUCCUACAAGACCAGAAGAUGUAGCAUCCACUUCAAGUACUGUGGAACCAGUUCAAGUAGAACAAGUUCAAGUAGAUCCAAUUCAAGUUGACGAUCCUGCACAACCUGUUGAUGAUGUUCAAGUAGAUGAUCCUGUUAAUGAUGUCCCUACUCAACCUGUUGCAACUGGGAAGAGGAUAUGA